CGUGUACUGUCCCCAUGUGGACCUCGUGGAAAAGCGACUCCUUGUAGCGGAAGGCUCUCAAUGCGAGCUGCGCGGCGGUGAACUUAAUUUAGAGCAAUACAAACAAUCAAAAUGCUAGUGUUAUUUGAAACUGCCGCUGGCUAUGCCAUUUUCAAGGUCCUGGAUGAAAAGAAACUCCAGCAGGUGGACACCCUGUGGAAGGAGUUUGAAACUCCAGAAAAAGCCAACAAAGUUGUAAAACUGAAACACUUUGAGAAGUUUCAGGACACAACAGAAGCUCUAGCAGCGGCCACGGCAAUGGUGGAGGGGAAAUUGGGGAAAAGUCUGAAAAAGGUUCUCAAGAAAGUUGUGGCCAAAGAGGCUCACGAACAGCUGGCCAUUACCGAUGCAAAACUAGGAGGAGUCAUUAAGGAGAAGCUGAGCCUGAGCUGUGUUCACAGCCCUGCUGUGGCUGAGCUCAUGAGAGGCAUCAGAAACCAGAUAGAGGGGCUAAUCACAGGUCUUCCUGCCCGAGAGAUCAGUGCCAUGUCUCUCGGUUUGGCCCACAGUCUUUCACGGUACAAGCUGAAGUUCAGUCCAGACAAGGUGGACACCAUGAUCGUUCAAGCCAUUUCUCUACUGGAUGAUCUGGAUAAGGAGCUCAAUAACUACAUCAUGCGCUGCAGGGAAUGGUAUGGCUGGCACUUCCCAGAGCUCGGCAAGAUCGUCACAGAUAACCUGGUGUACUGCAAGAGUGUACGCAAGAUUGGUGACCGCACAAACGUGGCAUCGCUAGAUUUGUCUGACAUUCUACCAGAAGAGAUUGAGGCAGAGGUUAAACUAGCUGCAGAGAUCUCGAUGGGAACAGAGGUGUCCGAGGAGGACAUUGCCAACAUCAUGCACCUGUGUGACCAGGUGAUCGAAAUAUCAGAGUAUCGCGCACAGUUGUAUGAUUAUCUGAAGAAUCGUAUGAUGGCAAUUGCACCCAACCUGACAGUCAUGGUGGGAGAAUUGGUGGGAGCCCGUCUCAUUUCACACGCAGGAUCUCUGCUGAACUUGGCCAAGCACCCUGCAUCCACCGUUCAGAUUCUCGGGGCAGAGAAAGCUCUGUUCCACGCUCUGAAGACCCGUCGGGAUACACCCAAAUACGGUCUCAUUUAUCACGCCUCUCUGGUGGGGCAAACCACAGCCAAGAAUAAGGGUAAAAUCUCCAGGAUGCUGGCUGCCAAAACGGCCCUUGCCGUCCGGUACGAUGCCCUGGGAGAAGAUACCAAUGCGGAGAUGGGAGUAGAAAACCGAGCCAAGCUGGAAGCACGACUACGUUUCCUGGAGGAGAAAGGGAUGAGACGUAUUAGUGGUUCAGGCAAAGCUCUGGCAAGGACUGAUAAAUAUCAACACAAGAGUGACGUAAAGGUAUACGACCCAUCUGGUGACUCGACGCUCCCCACCGUCUCAAAGAAGAGGAAGAUUGAAGAAGUAGAAGAGGGUGAGGGGGAAGAGAAGCCGGUGGAGGCUAAAGCUAAGAAAGUAAAGAGGGAAGCCCCCACAGAAGGACAAACAGAGACGCCAAAGAAGAAGAAAAAGGAAAAGAAGGCAGAGGAAUCCAAGCCAGAAGAGGAGACGGCCGUCAGCCCAGCAGAGGAGACGACAAAAAAGAAAAAGAAGGAAAAGAAACGAGCAGCUGAGGAGGAGCCGAAGGAAGAGGAAGAAGAGCAAGUCACUCCGGCAGAAGAGACCACAGAAAAGAAGAAGAAAAAGAAGAAAAAGCCUAAAAAGGAGGAUGACUAGAUGAUUUGGACACUUUUUCCAUGAACUCUGCUGUAUAUAAAAUGACUUUUAUAGUUUUUGGACAUCAUAUGAUGGUCACAUCCCCUUUUUGUGUUUCCUGCCCAGCUCACAGUGAACAGUUUCAGUGGACUGUUAUUCAUUAAAAAAAAAAAUAUAUUUUUAAUUUUAGGACGUUUUCUCUCAAUAAUGCUUGAUUGCAAGAGAAGAUUCCUUAAGACUUCUAUAAUUUGAUGCUCCUCAUGUGUUGAGUUUACUGGAUCAUACAGUUUAGUUAGUCUUUUAUAAGUGAAUGUUUUUAGUUUAAAAUGAGGAUGGGAUUACAUUAUAAAAGGAAAAAUCAGUGAGGAGUAUGUUUUGUGGCUUAAAACUGAGUCAUUUGUGUCUCAGGAUUAUUAAAUACUGUAUGUUUCUAGCA